GUUAUUUCUUGUUUGUUACUAGCGAAUAGUAUAUAUUUUUUUUUUUAUUAAAAGUAAAUAUGUUAAUGGCAAAACGGAUAUUCACUUUUGGCGUUUCACGUACAAAAGAAAUUCUUGUUAGGGCAAAGCAUAAUUUGCCAGAAUUACCAUAUGAUUACAAGGCACUCGAACCAGUUAUUUGUGCUGAAAUAAUGCAGUUGCAUCAUUCCAAGCACCAUGCUACAUACGUAAAUAAUCUUAAUAUUGCAGAAGAGAAAUUAAAAGAAGCUGUUAUUAAAGGAGAUAUAAAUUCUCAAGUUGCAUUGUCACAAGUUGUUAAAUUCAAUGGAGGAGGUCAUUUAAAUCAUUCAAUUUUUUGGAAUAAUCUUUCACCGAGUGGAGGAAAACCAGAACCUCUUCUUUUGAAGCAAAUUGAAAAUGACUUUUCUAGUUUUGAUGAAUUCAAACAAAGAUUGUCUAAUGCAAGUAUUGCAAUUCAAGGUUCAGGUUGGGGUUGGCUUGGGUAUAAUCAAAAGGACAGAAAACUGGAAAUAGCUGUUUGUGCUAAUCAAGAUCCAUUACAGGCAACAAUGGGUUUAAUACCUCUUUUUGGUAUUGAUGUAUGGGAACAUGCUUAUUAUUUACAAUAUAAGAAUGUACGACCAGAUUAUGUUAAGGCAAUUUUUGAUAUUGCUAAUUGGAAGGAUAUUAGUGCUCGUUUUAAGAAUGCAUCAUCCUGUUAGAUGAUAUAUAUUAUAAAUACAAUUAAAAGAAUUUAUAAUUACUAUUACAUGAAAUUUAAUUUUUAUAUUAGUAUUUGUAAAGAUUGUAUAAGAUUUGUAAAGAAUUCAUUUAUUUAUAAUAUAAAUUUAUGUAUAAUUUGGCA